UCUCUCUCAAGUGCUCAUCCCUUUUCCCAUCCUAUAAAUAGCUAAGCUACUACACUCAAAUCCUACUACUUUACAUUUUAUACAUCCAAAGAGUUCAGAAUGGUAACUAAGCUGCAAAGGAGAACAGCUUCUCGCAGAAAGCUUCAGUUUCUUCCAACUCUCUCCAACACCAAAUCUGUUAAAAGGAGUUCCAUAGUCCUAAAUGUUCUUCUCCAAUGUCACAAGCUCAAAGUCAAGCUGGAAGAAAUACACAGAGAGUACCAAAAUCUGAUGACUAUCAGAAACCAAUACUUCACUCUAUUGAAACAUAUACAAGUCUCAAAGGAAGUGAAGGUGGAGAAGGUUGGAGAAGAGUUUGUAGUCAAAGUGAGUUGCAACAAAGGGAGGGACAAAUUGAUCUCAAUUCUAGAGGCGUUUGAAGAACUGGGUCUUAAUGUUGUUCGAGCUAGAGUUAAUUGCAGCCAUUUCUUUGCCAUGGAAGCCAUUGCUGUAGCUCAAGACCAGAAAACUACUGAUAUCAAUGAUGUUACGCAAGCUAUUCUUAUGGCCAUUGAAAAGCAAGGAGAUGAACAUAUUAAAGAUUUUCGCCAGGUUUCCAAAUGUUAAUUAAGCAAAAUGUAAGAUAUCUAGACCUGUAUGCAUCUCCAUAUAGAUAUGGUGUGUAGUAAAAAUGUUAAUUAAGCAAGAAGUAUGAUUCAUACAGUUUAAGAUAA